GCGGCGGCGGGAGCGGCGGUGUCUCCGCACCUUUCCUCCUUCCCUUCCCUACCGGGCCUGGCCGCCCAGCCCGGAGAGUGAGAGAGCCAGAUAAUGGCACUAACAGUGGAUGUGGUGGGGCCAGGGCCCUGGGGCUUCCGGAUCACUGGGGGCAGGGAUUUCCACAAGCCUAUCAUGGUGACCAAGGUAACUGAGAGGAGCAAGGCUGAGGCUGCUGACCUCCGACCUGGAGACAUUAUCGUGGCCAUCAAUGGGGAGAGUGCUGAGGGUAUGCUUCAUGCUGAGGCCCAGAGCAAGAUCCGCCAGAGCCCCUCACCCCUGCGGCUGCAGCUAGACCGGUCUCGGGCUGCUUCCCCCCUGCAGACCAAUGGGGAAAGCUCUGUGGAAGGGCUGGCGACUCGCUUCCAGGGCUCCGUGAGGAUGCACACUGACAGCCAGUGCUCCCUGUGGUCUUCCUGCUCCAGCCCAGUCUUUUCCAGUCCCCAACCUGGCAGCCCCUUCUCUACCCUGCCCCCCACCAGCCCGCAGGCCCUCACUGGAGAGGCUGUUGUCAGCCAUAGUUUCCAGAGCCUGGCACAUUCCCCAGGACCGGCUACUGCUGACCGCUUUUCCUACGGGGGCCGCCCUGGAAGUCGAAUGGCCAGCCUCACCCAUGCAGGGGCUGGUGACUCGGCUGUGCUGGUGCUGCCGCCUUCCCCGGCUCCCUGCUCCUCCAGUCCCAGACUCAGUGUAGACUCCGAGGGGAGAAGCUGCCUUCUGGAAGAGGACUCAGAAGUCUAUAAGAUGCUGCAGGAAAAUCGUGAGGGGCGGGUGCCCCCCCGGCAGUCCAGCUCCUUUCGGCUCUUGCAGGAGGCCCUGGAGGCUGAAGAGAGAGGUGGCACGCCAGCCUUCCUGCCCAGCUCGCUGAGCCCCCAGUCCUCCCUGCCCACUUCCAGGGCCCUGGCCACCCCACCCAAGCUCCACACAUGUGAGAAGUGCAGCACCAGCAUUGUGAACCAAGUUGUGCGCAUCCAGGAGGGGCGGUACCGCCACCCAGGCUGCUACACCUGUGCGGACUGUGGGCUGAACCUGAAGAUGCGUGGGCACUUCUGGGUUGGAGAUGAGCUAUACUGUGAGAAGCAUGCCCGGCAGCGCUACUCCUUGCCCCCCACCCUCAGCUCCCACGCCUGAGUACCGGCUAGGCUCUCAGCCUGCCCUCAGUCACGUGGGCACCUCUGCAUCAGGACCAUGCCGAUAGCAAGUUGGCAUGGAAGGGUGGCGGUGGGUGGUGGGAGCCCUUCCUCCAGGCUGGGUGUGGCUGGAGCCCGGGAGCUGUGAUGGGCUGUGGAUGAGGACAGCCUCAGCAUCCCAGGCCUCGGCUGGACACUCACUUCUUCCUGUAGGACACGCUGUGCACCAAAGUGUGAAUUAUUCAGCUGAAUAAUUGCACAUUGAAUAAAUUUGUGCAACGGGGGUUAAGCAGAUUGGAAUACAGAGAUAAAUAUGUAGAAAGAGAGGGAUAGGUCAGAGGCUAGAGGUAUUCACUCUGUAAAGUUUUCAGCAUAUGAGGUCUAUAAAUAUAUACACAUGGAUGAAACAAA